AUGUGGUCGUAUCUAUUCGGAGGCAACUCCGGCAAGAAGGGCAAAGAAGCCCCCAAGGAGGCUAUUCUAAAUUUGAGAGAGCACAUCAAUCUUCUCACCAAGAAACAAGCGCAUUUGCAGACACAAGUGGCAGCACAGGAGCAGCUAGCGCGCCAACAGCUCGGCAAAAACAACAAAGUUGCGGCCAAGAACGCCCUCAAGCGCAAGAAGACGUACGAGUCACAGCUGGUCAAGAUCGAGGCGCAAAUGGACUCGCUCGAGCAACAACUGUACUCGAUCGAGUCGGCCAACCUCAACUUGGAGACCAUGAAGGCCAUGCGCCAGGGCGCGGCAGCCAUGAAAAACAUUCACAAGGGCAUGGAUAUCGACAAAGUCGACGAGACUAUGGACGAGAUCCGCGAGCAGGUGGAACUGGGCGAGGAAAUAUCAGAUGCCAUUUCGAGGCCGCUCUACACGGGCGCAGACGUGGACGAGGACGAAUUGGACGAAGAACUCGAGAUGCUGGCGCAAGAGAGUGUCAAACAGGACGUGGUGCAACCGCAGCGGCUGCCCUCGGUCCCUGCAGAGAAGCUGCCCGCGCACGAGGAAGAAGAGCCUGCGCAUGCAGAAGAAGAAGAAGAGGACGAAGACGAGAAGGCAUUGAGAGAGCUACAGGCAGAAAUGGGAUUGUGA